GUUGGAGGAAGGCGCCCUGUCUCCUCCCCUCCUGCUCCCCUUGACCCCCCUUCUCUCUGCCACCUCCUUCUGUUGAUAGCCAUAUUCCCUCAUUUCUUCCUGCAGGGGGGACGGUACGGAGCGGAGAAGUGAGGCGCUGACUGAUUCUCCACGAGUUCACGUCCGCAGUCAGGAACACGACCCAAACAGCCAGAGGAAUGGAGCUCUGCUCUCUGCUGCGCUAGCUGCUCUCUAAUUGGCCGAGCUCUGACAUCCCCCGUCAUGGCUCACCUGUUCCUCGCCAGUAAGAUCACCAUGCCGGACGACCUCUACGCCAAAGGGGGCGGAAGGAUCCCGAGGAACGCCGUGAGGAUCCCGUCGUCCAUCUCGGCAGAGAGGCUGAGCCGGGAGAAGACCAGGAAGGACAGUGCUGUCGUCGUGACAACACGCAUCCCGCACGUCAACGAGGUCCAGCUGACGGCGGCGACCGGCGGCGCGGAGAUGUCCUGCUACCGCUGCGUGGUGCCGUUUGGCGUGUUUGUCCUCAUCGCCGGCGUCGUGGUGACGGCGGUGGCUUACACCUUCAACACCCACGGGUCCACCAUCUCCCUGCUUGGACUGGUGCUGCUUGCUGCAGGGCUGGGCCUGCUGGGAUCCAGCGCCAUCUGCUGGAGGCUCCGACUGAGGAAGAAGAAGGACAAACGAAGGGAGAGUCAAACCGCCCUUAUGGUCAGCCAGAGUUACUGCGUGCACUGAUCUCCUUGAAGUUUGGACAAUCAGACCUCGAGCUCUUCAUUUCAUGCAGCAGAUAUCUUUAACAGUUUAUAACUGAAUGUACCACACAGACGCCAUGCUGGGCCAUCAGGUUAACAGGCUGUAUAGCGCUCAUAACCCCUGUCCUUCAUGCUCAACGACUGAAGAAGCAAACGGUGCCUCGGCAGACACCUGACACGUUCUGUGAAGGCCAAAAACUAGUUCCCUGAAAGCUGAUGGAGGAAAUGAGACCAGUUGGUCUCUGAACCAGAACCUUUAUUGGAGCUAGCUAAUUUCACAUGACCAAGUAGCUUAGAAUGUCGUUCAUUAAAAAAAACACACAAAAAAACUAAAGAUUUCUUGAAACUUGUAAAGCAAGAUGACAAAACCACAAAAUGAGUUUUAAAAAAAGUAAAUCAUUGACCAGUCAACGAGACGUCAGUCUUGUUAAAACAAACAUGACAAGAGAUCGGUAUGAUCUGGCUUGGGGUGUACAGUUUAUGCAUAUUAUACGUUGAUAAUAACGUAUAAUUACGUUAUUAAUUAUACGGUUGGAAUGGUACUCUACAAUAUGGAUGUUGAGCAGCUUUUUGUUUCUCUUUGAAUUGGGCUCAUUUGUGACCUCUGUUCAUUCCUCUGAGGUUGGAAAUGUAUCAUUUAAACCGGGAGUAAAUUCAGAGAAGUUUCUGAAGACGUUUCCUCUCUGCUGUGGAGAUUUGCUUCACAGAACCGACAACACAGUUCGUUAAUGCCACUUUGAGAUAAAAGUGAUCUUACUGAAUCAUGUAGCAUUUCUUCUGACGGUGAACGGAAAUAGGCGCUGCUGGUCUUGUUUUGUUUUCCUGGAAGAUUCUAAGGGGUAAUAGUUGAUACAGCAGCUUUGUGCUGCUGUUGGUGAAAUGUAAACUAGAACUGAAGAUGCAGGUAAUUUAUUUUUAUUUUUUUUUGCCAUAAAAGGAGGUGCAGGUGUGCAGUGUUUUACUUUAUGACUGAAUACCUGAGUGUUGAGGUCACAGCUGGGCCCAAUUUCUUGCAUGCAUGCCUGUUUGUAUGACACGUGCAUUAAAUUAUGUCACACAGAUACUCCUCCGUUAUAGCUCGAUUUUAUUUAUUCUAGUGACUGGAACUAUAACUAUUAAAACGAAGAUCUGGUGCCAAAACAAA